UUGACGUGGCCGCGUGCUGGGGGCGGCUCCGGGCCGGGGGCCGGCCUGCGGAGCCGGGCGGGGCAGGCUUGGGGCGGGGCGCGGCGCCGCAGCUGGAUGGCCGGGGCCGCCCGGAGCGCCGUCGCCGCCGCUGCACGCACCUGGCAUGCCUGGAUGUCCCUGCUCUGGCUGUGGCAUGGCGGGCCAAAGGCUCCUCUUCCUCACUGCUAUUGCCCUGGAGCUCCUGGGAGGGGCUGGGGGUUCCCAGCAGGCCCUCCGGAACCGGGGGGCUGCAGCAGCCUGUCGCCUAGACAACAAGGAAAGCGAGUCCUGGGGGUCCCUGCUGAGCGGGGAGAGGCUGGACACCUGGAUCUGCUCCCUCCUGGGCUCACUCAUGGUGGGACUCAGCGGCGUCUUCCCGCUGCUGGUCAUUCCCUUGGAGAUGGGGACCACACUGCGCUCAGAAGCUGGGGCCCGGCGCCUGAAGCAGCUGCUCAGCUUUGCCUUGGGAGGGCUGUUGGGCAAUGUGUUUCUCCACCUGCUGCCCGAGGCCUGGGCCUACACGUGCAGCUCUAGCCUUGGUGGUGAGGGGCAGAGCCUGCAGCAGCAGCAGCAACUGGGGCUGUGGGUCAUUGCCGGCUUCCUGACCUUCCUGGCUUUGGAGAAGAUGUUCCUGGACAGCAAGGAGCAGGAGGGGGCCAACCAGGCCCCCAGCAAAGACCCCGUUGUUGCUGCCGCCGCGCUCAAUGGAGGCCACUAUCUGGCCCAGCCGGCUGCACAGCCCGGCCUGAGCGCUGUGGUCCAGAGCAUCAAAGUCAGUGGCUAUCUCAACCUUCUGGCCAACACCAUAGACAACUUCACGCAUGGGCUGGCUGUGGCCGCCAGCUUCCUUGUGAGCAAGAAGAUUGGGCUCCUGACCACCAUGGCCAUCCUCCUGCACGAGAUCCCCCAUGAAGUGGGUGACUUUGCUAUCCUGCUCCGGGCCGGCUUCGACCGAUGGAGUGCAGCCAAGCUGCAGCUCUCGACGGCACUGGGGGGCCUGCUGGGGGCCUGCUUCGCCAUCUGUACACAGUCCCCCAAGGGAGUAGCCAGGCAGGCCUUCUCCCACUGCAGAGGAGACCGUGGCCUGGAUCCUGCCCUUCACCUCUGGCGGCUUUCUCUACAUCGCCCUGGUGAACGUGCUGCCCGACCUCUUGGAGGAAGAUGACCCGUGGCACUCCCUGCAGCAAGUGCUUCUCCUCUGCGCCGGGAUCCUGGUGAUGGUGCUGUUCUCGCUCUUCGUGGAGUAACGUCCCUGGUGCCCCACCCCCCACACAGCAAUAAGAGACUCGGAUUUACUCUGUGACCCUGUGCGAGGCAGAGAGAGCUAGUCAGAGCGCCAGGGGCCUCUGAACAGACUAGAUGGUGUGUGUGUGUGUGUGUGUGUGGUGUGCAUGUGUGAACAGUGGUGUGUGAGACCGACACUGUGAUCCCUCAUGCGCUGGCCCGGGGCCCAGUACCCCCCCACCCCCAGUCACACUGUGCCCCUCCUCUUGCCACCCUGUCAUCUUACACCUCCCAGUGAGCAGUGAGGAAACAGCAGCGCUGCACCCAAGCAGAGGCCUCUGCCCACCAGGACGCCAAGGGAACCCCAGAGCUGCCUCCUUGUUGGGGCAUCCCGUGUCCCUGGCUGAGGGAGUAGACCCCUGCUCGCGCACCCAACCAUGGGCAGGAGUCAGGUGACCUCUCUGCAAGGCCAAAGAAAGGAGAUGCAGGUGCUCUAGCAGACCCCAGCCCCACUCAGCACUGACCGUCCCGCCCCUCCCAGCAUGGAGCUGGAGGAUGCUGAGACCUUCCCCUCCUCCCUCCUGGCUGCCUGUCCUGGGCCGGCUUCUGUGGGACUGUCCCCCAGUGAAUGCUCCCUGGCAGCGCCAGCAGCCCUUGCCACCUCCAGCUGCCAAACAGCAGCCUGCAGGGCAGCCAGCAGCCCCGGGCCAGAGAGGCUGCCCGAUCCAGCUCAGGGAUGCUUGUGCCAGCGCAGGGCCCAGGCAGAUAUCCCAGGGGCAGGAGGGGCGGUUGGGGCUGCCCUUCCCUGCUCGGGCCCCUUUUCCUGACCCACUGCGAGUAGGGGUAGGCUGGGGGUGGUAAGGGCUCCAUGCUGUCAGCACUCAGGAAUGUGCUCCUGGAGAAGGCUGAAGCCAUAAUCCCCAGUUAUUUCCCUUGGCCGGCGCCCAGGCGCUCAGCUGGCCCGCUCUGCAGCCAGGCCCCAGCCCUGCUGCUCGACCAUGGGCGUUCCGAAGUGGCCACUGAGAGGGUCUGAAUGGUUUUACAGCAGUUUUGCUGUGGUUCCGUUUGUAUCUGUAAAUACCUGUUCUAUAUAUAAGAUGCAAAUAAAUACUAUACACAA